AUGCUAGCCUUCGCCACAGUCACAAUCUCCAGCGGCAUCAUUCUUCACGACGAUAUCUUCCAACAAAUUGGCGAUAUUUUCACAGCACGAGGGACAAGUGACUCCUCCAAUUCGGACUGGCCGCACCUCGUCAAAUCUUGCCUUGUGCUUCGUUAG